GCCGGGGCCGAGCCGAGCCGUGCUGGGCUGAGCCGAGCGCGGCCGGGCUUUCGUGACCUGGGUUUUGUGUGCCAGGGUCCGGGUGCGGAGGGGUGAGACAAGUGUGGCCGUGCUCAGCGGGGCACAAGCCAUCCUCCUCCUCCUCCUUGUCCCGGCUGCCUUGUGGUGCCGCCAGUGCCUGCCUGCCUGGCAAGUCAGAGCAUGUCCAGACCCCGUGGACGAGACACAGAAGAUGGCAGAGCUGCUGGGGCUCAGGGACGAGUGUGGGGAGGGGGCUUCGGGGGCUCCUGUGCUUGCUGGCUCCUGCCUUGCAGACAACAGGCUGAACCUGGAUGUUUAUCCUGACGGCUGCUGCCGGUUCCUCCAGCUGUUCCAGGGGCGACAGGGAGAGGUGGUCCAGGUGGAGUUCCUCCGGCUCAGCAGCAACGAUCACCUCCUUGGCACCACACUGGGCAUCCUUCCUCAUCUGAAGCACCUGAAAUCCCUGGUGCUCAAAGGUGGCCAUGCCAGGGAUGAGUUUGGUUCAUGUCAGCAUGGCUCCCUGACAAGCUUGCCACCAGACGUUGGGAACCUGAGGUGUCUCACCCACCUGGAUCUCAGCUUCAACAGCCUCUCUACCUUGCCCACCUGCAUCCUCCACCUCUCCAGCCUCCGGGUGCUCCUGGUGAGCCACAACAGCCUGGUGGCACUCCCCGAGGAUUUUGGCUGUCUGAGCAAGCUGACUUUCUUCUCUGCUAUGAAAAAUCAGCUGAAGGACUUACCUCAGAGCAUUGGAGAGCUGGCAGAGCUGCAGGACCUGGAUCUCUCGGAAAAUGCUUUGGAAUUCCUCCCUGAAGAAGUUGGGAAUCUGCACAACUGCACAGAACUGGAUCUCUCUGGGAAUUGCUUAUUGAGCAUCCCAGACUCCUUAGCCAAUUUGAAGUCUCUGCGGCGGCUCCACCUCCACAGCAAUCUCCUGGUGACGGUCCCUGCCUCGCUUGCCAGCCUGCCCAACUUGUCCAGACUUGAUCUGCAGAACAAUUGCCUCCGUGCUGUCCCCCCCGAGAUCCAGACUUCACCAUUUGUGCAUCUCCGAGGCAAUCCCUUAGGAGAAACUGAGCCAUCCCUGCGGGCUGAUGAAUCCAAUGCUGGAGGGCUACAAAGACUCUUCCUUGCAUCAGCAGAGGACAGCUUUACUGUCACCUCUGAAGGCUGCAGAGUGGUCUUGGCCUGUGGCAUCCAUUUCUACUUUCCACCGGGGGCUGCCUCUGACCCUCUGCGGAUCUGCUUCCGAACCCUCGCACCGGACCCUCAGUGGGUAAAGCUGAGACAUCAUGAUGUCCUGCUAAGUAGAGUCCUGGAGCUGCAGCCUCAUGGGGUCACAUUCCAGCAGGAGGUGCAAAUCUGGAUGCCAUAUGCCUCCCCUCAAACCCUUCACCAGCGUGAGGUGGUAGUUCGGACCUUCAGUGGGCAGAGCUGGAGUGAUCUGAGAACAAGAGUGGAGCAGAAGAGAAAAUCAAAGAAGCACGUGGCUCACUGUAGUGUCCUUCAUUUCUCCUGGUUCCUCGUUGUGUCUCGACUUGUGCAAAAUGAAUGCAAAGUGCCAACAGAGGGGACAUUGCUCUUUUCCAGUGUGGAUCCAAACAUCAAAGUGACCUUUCCUCCUGGAGUCACUGAAGAGACUCGCAAUGUCAAGCUGCAGGUGCUGCCGGUCUCUGUAGAAGAGAUAGAGGAAAUCACAGCUGAUGCAGGGUGCAGAGCCAGUCCCCUACUCUGCCUCUCCCAGGACUCCCUGGUGGAUUUUCUCAGGCCAGUGAGAAUUCAGCUGCCCCUCCCGCCCGGGGUCACAGGGAUAAAUUUGGAUCGGUCAAGGCUGCAUCUUCUCCAUGGCGACUUGGAGGGUCAAACCUGGGAUGACAUUACCAGUCAGGUGGUGCUGGAAUUCACCCAUCUUUAUGCAGUGUUUGAAGUCACACACUUCUCCUGGUACUGGCUGUGGUACACCACUAAGACCUACAUUGGAGGCAUUGCCAAGAAAGUCUAUGAGCGGCUGCGUAUGUACCAGGUGAACUUCAUUGCUCUGCAGAGGAGGAAGGACCCCGAGCAAGUCCUGCUACAGUGUGUCCCCAAGAACAAGGUUGACCCAGUGCUGAAGAAGCUGCAGGACCGCUAUCAAGGACCUGAGCCAUCCGACAUGGUGGAGAUGUUUGAGGGAGAGCAAUUUUUCGCAGCUUUUGAGCGAGGCAUCAGCAUCGAUAUGGAUCGCCCUGACUGUGUGGAUGGACGUCUCUCAUUUAUUUUUUACUCCCACUUGAAGAACAUGAAGGAAAUCUAUGUGACCUCCCCUGUAGACAGGAAAGGCCAAGCUGUAAAAGGCCAGGUCUCUUUCUACCGAGGAGCAGUUCCCGAGAGUAUCCCUGAAGAUGCCAGCAGGAGGAGGAAAGGACCAGACUCCCUCUGGCUCGCUACUCUGCCCAUCAAACUGCCUCGAUUGAAACCCCGCUGGGGUGCGAACCCCGGUACCCUGAAUGGCUUCUCCUUUCCUCCCUUGAACCUGGGCAACGCUGAGACUGGCUACCUGACACAGGCAAACCUGCUAAGCAUUGCCAGGCGUGUGGGAGCUGACUGGCAGACCAUCGGCCUGAACCUGGGCUUGACCUAUCAGCAGAUUGAGCGCAUAGGAUACAAUAACAGAGAGGACCUUGAUAAGCAGAUCCUGGACAUGCUUUUCUCAUGGGCUCAGCAAAACUCGGAGGACCCUGACUGUGUGAGCAAGUUGAUUUCUGCUAUGAAAGAGAGUGGCCGCCAGGACAUCGCUGAUGAGGUCGAAACCAUCAUUGAGCUGGGACGGCAGAAAUACAGGGAGUCCAUCCGCCGGGUGGGCUUGGAGCAGGAGAGCAGCACUGAGGACUCUGCAAUAGCUAUGAUGUAGCACCUAGCAGAAAGAACUGGAUUUAGUAUGGGGUCCCUCUGCAUACCCAGAGUAACAAUGUCUUGGGGCUGCUCCCACCUCAAGGGCCAGUGUCUUCCUGAGGACCUGGACACUGAUUUACUUUUGAGCAGACUGCUGAGCUCUCUUGGGUCUAUACUCACAUGCCAUUUCUGCCAAUCCCAGGCAGUUAGAGUGCAUUUAUGAGCCUUUUCUGUACUUCUACUUCUUGACUUUGAGCUUUUGAUUUCAGAAACAUGGACAAAUUCAGAGGCUGAAGUGUCUGUCAGUUGAGUAGUGGCUAAAGUAGCCUUUAAUGAAUUAAUACUCAUGUUACCUGUAUUUAUUUAUAAUUUAUUCCUGAAACUGUGUUCUGCUGGAAACACUGGGUGUGGGCAUUUGGAUCUGUGUGUGCUCCAAUGCUUGAUGGGAAAGUGGAGGUGCAGUUGUGUUAGGAAGGCCUGUGGUGCGGUAGGGACUGUUCAGCUAUUUCUGUUAAUGAUGUGUUUUGCUCACAUGAAAAUGUGAACUGUAUUCCCCACAAAAAUGUUUUCUAUUUUCUGCCAAAUCUGUUCCAGUUCCCUCAAGCCCAAAACGAAACCUAAGUAUUCAUGGGGAAAAGAGAAGAAACUUAUUUCUAGCAAAAUUGCUCUUGUUUUUUGGUUUUGUUCCAAAAGCUAUUUUGGAACAAAUAAAAUUUCACAUUAGCCCUAGGCUGCUGCACCUGCCAGGCUUUUUAGAUGAGACCUCCAUGCUGCUGGUCUUUGACAGAGUUCCAGUUUUAUUUUACAAAUAAGUAAAAAUCCAUAACUCUGCUUUUCUGGGAGAGACUCUUAAUUUAAGUGAAAGUAAAAUUUCCUUUGCAGUUUCAAAGGGAUAUUCCUCACAUCCUCCCAGUGAAAUAUGCCAGUGUAGUAGUGAAGGUGUGACCCCUCGUGAACUUUGGUGAAAGGCAUGACUUAAAUUUGCAUUUUAAAACCUGGUCUGACCAGCUGUGAAAUAGACACUGUUGUGGGAUUGGCAUGAGCUAUGCUGAGCUAACCUCCCAGUUUUGCAGUCUGAACAUCUUGUAUAAGGCUGGAAGUGUUUAUUGCUUUUUAACUGCUUGGUCAUUGACAACUGAGGUGCCCUUCUCUUCCUGUUCCCCAUCUCAUAAUGGGCCUCAACUAAUGAUCCACUAAUGACAAUGGGAAAUUUAAUGCAAGCUUUUUGAAAGACUACUGUCAUCUACAUAAAUUCAACUCUUUCAGGCAGGUUUGGAUUCAGCAUAUCACACUCUUUAAGCAAUAUUUAUAGUGCUGUUCUCAGUCUGAAAAACAAAAGUCUGUAUAAAAAUGCCAGGUUGCAACACCCAAAGUCAACCUGCAGUUGCAGGUCUGAGAAAUCGUGGUGUUUUCUUCCCCCCUGUGAACAAUCAGUGGUGGUUUCCCUGAUGCCGUGUUUCAGACUUGCCAUCAAUACUAUUGAAAGAGAGGCAUAAAAUCAUUCUGCUUUUAAAUUUUUUUUAUUUUUAAGGCCAUUCUAACAUCCCAGGCCACGGAGUGAUUAGUGUCCAGUUCAGAGCACUGGACAAGGACUCGCAGACUUGAGUUGUCACCUUGAGCCUAGGGACUUCCUCAGAUCUGAUUUCUUAGGCCAUGCUGCCUGUCAAGUCUCAUAUUGGGUUCAAGUCAGCAGUUCUCUUUUGAAUAUGUGUUUUUUCUGGUAGUCUGUGUCAUAUGUUCCUGUCUGUAAUUUUGAUGUAUACCAACAAGGCAUUUGUUCUUUCCUCCAGUUUUGGAGAGAUGCAUUUGGGCAUAUUGCUCUCACUGAGAAUAAAAUAAGCACUUAACUGUUUCACAGCAUGGUUUGCUAAUCCAUAAAUGCCUCAAGCUGUUAGACAGAGUCAGGUUCCUUUAAACCUGCUGGUAGAAAGAAACAGGUGAGCUUGGCCAUGCUGCACAGAAAUGGGAGAAGAGCUCUUGUUUGGGUACUGCUGGCUGCAAAGUGCAGGACAGACUGCACAGAGUUAAUGGUGUAGGACAGACUAACACAGAGUUAAUGGUAUCCCUGUAGCCUGGCUUUGCUGCAGCAGGGCUAAGCCAGGAAAUACAUUUGGGGCAUGGGUUUGACUAGCUGACUGUAUGACUGUAUGACUAGUGCUCAGGUGGAGCUGGUCUAGGGACUAACAAGGCUAGUCUAGAGGGGACAGUGCGUAGGCUUGGCCUGGCCUCCGGCAAAGGUGCAGGAGGGUUUUGGCUAGGCAAAGCUAGGCUAAGGAAGUCUACAGGUAGCAUAAGGUAGAUCCACGGGAUGAAGCUAGGCUGCACUUAGCUUCCCUUUCCAUUUGUGAUGGCCAGGCAACAGCUGAAAUAAGGGUUGGGUAGGCUGGACUCUAUGGAGGGCUCAUCCAGGCAUCGGCAGAGCUACAGCUCUUCCAGAUAACAGAUAGAUCAGGCUGGGAGAGAGGGAGGUUAGUGCUAGGUGUUUAGGUUACUCUGGGGCUACAGCCAGGCCAGGCAACAGGAGAUACAAAACCCUAGUAUCAUCAGUAGAACAGCUCUUCAUGAUUUGGGCUGAUAACUUAAGGAAAGUUAAGUAACUACCCCAGACAAGUAUUCUUAUCUCCAGUCUUUCACUGCUGAGUGGCAGCCACUGGGCUGGGCCACUUUGCUGGCAUCUGGUUUUCUCCUUGCAGUGACACGGAAGCAAUCACCCAGCUGAGGAUAGGGAGGUGCUGUUGGGAAAUCAGAGCAACUGUCCAACUGCUCUUUCCUUCAGCUGACUUGGCAACAAAUAUUUGAGCUGGAUGAGAGUCACGGAAAGCAUGUUAUUUUCAAGUGUGUUAUCUUUAUCGAUAAUCUCUUUCAGGCACAGUAACUCCUUUGUAAGCCUGUAGUUGCUAUGGCCAGGAAAUGCUGAUUACAGUUGCAGUAGAUGCUUGAAGCAGUAAAAAAACCCCAACGUGUCAUUUAUCUUUUGAAUCAAAAGAUUGCUUUCCUUUCUGGCCUCUUUCAUGAAUUCAUCACAUACUGGAGUAGUCUUGUUCCCUUUCCAGCUAUCUGGCUUUUCAUGGUGUCUAUUAGGCACCUUACAAUGUCCUACUGAUAAUCUGGCAGAUUUUGUGGUUUUUACUGUGCACAAUCCUGAUGCAUCCAAAAUUCCCCCAAAUAAAUUUCAACCAGGAAAAGCCUCCUUACAAAAAAAUUUAAAAAUAAAGCGAGAAAUUGUUCGAAAGCAGGAACAUUUUUUUUCCUCUUUUUUUGACUGUAACAUCUCUACCUCUUUAACUCUCCUAAUUAAACCCUUUUCUACUUCACAAACUUCAGCAGAAUUACCAAGUGGCUCUGGUACGUGAACAGUGUGUUUCCCACAAACUACCCUCCACUUCCAGGUUCUGCUAACCAUGACAGUCCUCUAGCUGCCAGGAGACAGAUCCAGGUAAGACGCUUCCAGCCCCUGCAAAGAUUGAUAAAAGAAAUUGCUGAGAAAUGAAAGCCCAGACAAAGCUCAAAUCAGUUUAUUAAUUCUAUAAAAAUCACAAGGCAAAGCCUGACUAUAUCCUGUUAAACUGUUUACAUGGUCCCAGCAGUAAAAUGCUGUAUAAUUCCCAUUAAAAGACCUGAAGGAAAUACGAAGGUGGGAAGGAGCCUGCAGGGGCUGUGUUCAGUUUGUCUGUUUACUGCGGCCAGACAACAAUACUGUAAAAUUCAGCACAUCCAUAGGAUUCCUCUGUUAAGGGAAAGGAGAUAUCUGUGGUGCGUUGAGGACUGGAUGGUUCAGCCAUGAACCUACCAAACUUGAUACAAAACUGAGGGAGCAUUAGAAGGUACCCUGCCAACUGCUAAGACAUCCUGCUGUUUGAUACCCUACAGUGUCCAUACUCGACAGUGUCAUGCUGCUGUUGCUUUUAAAAGGGAAAGGAAAUCUGAUGGUCCUUAAAUUCACUGUUUUUCCCCCAAAGGAGGAUCACAGCAUGUUUACAGCCUUUUAAACCAAGAUUAGCUUUCACUGGGAAAGGCAUGGGGCUGUUUUUCAGACACUGGUGCAUCAGAGCCCUAGCCCAGGGCCGCCUCAA